AUGACCAUCAAUCCCACCUAUCUAGCCCAGCGCACGCGAUCGUCGAUCAAUUGGUCAGAUGCACACCGUCGAGUGCUGAAAGCCUACCGAGAAUGGCUGAGGGCGAGCCCUGAAAUCCAGACGAUGUAUUCCCUCAACAUGCCAGUCUCCAAGAUCCGCACGAAAAUAAGACAAGAGUUCGAGAAGCACAGAUAUGUCAAUAGCAUACAAGCCGUGGAUGUGCUGAUUACACACAGCCACGCGGAAUUCCAAGAGACGUUGAAUUUCUGGAAACAAACGCCGCACGUCAUGAAGUAUUUCAGGACUGAGGAAGACGACAAUGCCAGAUUACCAAAGAACUUCAUCAGCGGAUUCCUCGAGGGCCGGAAUUGA